AUUAACGAACCACAUAACCUCACUUUAUAGGUUAUUAUUGCGUGUUUAAAAACCACGAUUUCAACCAAUUUUAAAGUCUUAAUUAAGUAUUGUUAAGAAUGGGAUUAUCCGAAGGAGCUAAACAACGCCUUUCCAUCGUCGUGAAUAUGGGAAAAACAGUUUUUCAUUACGGAUUUUUACCAACCGUUUUAUAUCUUGGUUUUAAGAAAGGAGCUGAUCCUGGGAUGCCGGAAAUCUCCUUCGGAAAUUUGUUUUGGUGAACAAAGAUUAGUUUUAACUCAAAUUUUAGAAAGAAAUGGGUUAGAUAAGCUUAAAAAGUAAAUAAAGGAGUUUUUAAUACAUAACCUCA